AUGCAAAUUGAGCAGUUCUCAAAGCUCUCUCUCGGAGAGGAGAUGGUCACGACUCGUGCCAGAGCCGCAAAGGCAGCAAGAGCCAACCCACAGUCAUCAGACUCAGACUCAGACUCGGACCAUCCACUUCCUUCAAUCGAGCCGACUGUAUCGCCUACGCCUUCUCUAGUUAUAUCAACCAAGAACCUUCAUUACAAUGUCUCGGCUUUCAGUAGCGACCUACGCAGAACGGCCAGACGAGGACUGGAAAACAAGGAAAUCAGAAUGAAGUACUGUGCGGUGUCAGAAGAUGAAGACAGCCCGGGAGUAAGCCCAAAGAAGUACUUCUACCUCAACGAUGAUAUCACAGUAGCGAUAGGUGGAGAGCUGCGAAGGCCACAGUGUACAUGUGGUGCAAAUGAGACCGGCUUCGCGUGUAAACAUAUCUAUUGGGUUGGGGAUCAGAUUAUCUCCACUUCACCGGAUGACAUCGUCAAGACACCUCUUCAUCUCUCGCCGGACGGCUCGAAAAUUGAAGACGUGAAGCCAGCAGAAAUACUAGACACAAAGGGCUUAGCAAACAUAGCCAACGAUCUGGAGUGGGUAUAUCAAGAGGAGGACCUACCUGAGGACGAACAAAACAUGAAAGAGACAAUAAUCGACAUGCUUUCUUGCUUCGAGCCUGAAGCAGCACUCCCUGGAGAGUUUAGAUGUCCCGAAUCUCCACUCACGUCCGAACGCUCAAAGAAGUAUCAGGAAUUCGCAGAUCUCUUCACUCAGUACGCUAAAAGAGAUCCUAGCCUUUAUCUUCAAGUCCGCAAGAUCAUCGACCCAGACUUCGAAAGCCGUGUCUUCUUCGAGAAGAUCGACAGCCGUAUUAUGUCGACCUUCGAUGCGUUGAAAAUGUACAUCGAUUAUGGGCCUACAAACAUAUCCCCAGGCGUAUUCCGCCUUGACGUGCCUAGUUGUGCAAAAACACUCAAGUCGCUAGUCGAAGCGAUCGAUGAGUUUCACGAGCACCACGCUGAUGUCGAAGACGUAGCUGUGAGGGCAGCAGCAGCGCUCAUAACGAUUCUCGACCGUGUCACGGAAAGUAACGUCAAUGCAUACGCGAACAUCACUUGGGGAUUGGACCCUCCGUCCGAUCCUGUUGAAAGCAAUCUGUAUAUGGCUUUAAUCGGAACAUAUGCGGAUGCCAAACCUGCCUUUGUUCUAGAUGCACUUGGAACUUUGCCACAAGAAGACGUUCAUCGUAACCACUGGCAGACUUUACAGGGCAUCGAAAAGAAACUUGCCGACUCUCAAACGCCACCUCAGUACAUGAACAUCUUCCGCAACGUCGUAUACGAGAACCGCAAGAGGCCAGGAUCAGAAGUUGGAGAACGAGAAGCGAAGAGGGCAAUGCAGUGA